AUGUCAAACAUUCAAGUAGUCGUCAGAUGUAGGGGAAGGAACUUGCGUGAAAUAGAAUCCAAGUCCCCUAUAGUGAUAGAGCUACCGGAAGACACUGCCACAACCCCGUCCAUCACGAUCAAUACUCAAGAGCAUCAAGUCUCAUCGACUUCACUACCUUCAACCUCAGAGUACUUGUCCUCAAUCCACCUGAAAACCUAUACGGUAGACCAAGUCUAUGGAUCUCAGACGGACCAGGCAUCAAUAUACAACCAGGUGGCGGCUCCGCUUUUCAAAGAUUUUAUGAAUGGAUUCAAUGUGACUAUCUUAGCGUAUGGCCAGACGGGAACUGGGAAGACAUACACCAUGUGUGGGGAUGUCACCACUGACAGCAGCAAUAGCAACAGCAGCAGUAGCAAUAGCAAACUCACAUUGGGAGAAGACGCCGGGAUAAUACCCAGAAUCUUGAGCGAAUUGUUCAAUGAAUUGAAGAAACAAGACGUUUCGGACUACAUGGUGAAAGUUUCGUUUAUUGAAUUGUAUAACGAGGAGUUGAAGGAUUUGUUGGAUGGAGACAAUAACGGUACCAACAAUGGCGGAAAAUUGAGGAUUUAUGAAUCCAAAAAGAGUGAAAGGGAUCUGUCGAUCUUGAUCCAAAACUUGUCGGAGGUUUAUGUCCCCAACAGCAAAAACGGGCUCCAAUUACUAAAGAAAGGAUUGAUAAAGAGAAAGACAGCUAGCACCAAGCUUAAUGAUGUCUCAUCUCGGUCGCAUACCAUCUUUACCAUAAACUUGUAUAAGAAAAACGGAAUGAAUUCGGACUCGGAAUUGUACAGGAUUUCUAAGAUGAAUUUAGUAGACUUGGCUGGAAGUGAGAAUGUGAGCAGGUCAGGUGCAGUUAACCAGAGGGCAAAGGAAGCUGGGAAUAUUAACCAAAGUUUGUUGACGUUAGGCAGGGUAAUAAAUUGCUUGAGCGAUAGCCAGACCUCACCAGAAGCUUUAGGUGGCAGGAAGAAAAGCGAUGUGAAGAAAAUCGACCACAUUCCAUACAGAGAGUCCAAACUUACUCGACUCCUUCAAGACUCACUCGGAGGACAAACAAAAACUGCACUUAUUGCUACUAUCUCACCAGCAAAGGUGAAUUCGGAAGAAACUACCUCAACUCUCGAGUAUGCGUCAAGAGCUAAGAACAUUCAAAAUAAGCCGCAGAUUGGCCAAAACUCUGAGUUGAUGUUGAAAAAAACAUUGUUGAAAGACAUGGCUCGAGAGAUGUCCAAACUUAGUAACGAUUUAAUCGCGACUAGGACCAAGAAUGGGAUUUGGCUCGAAGAAUCGAAUUACAGUGAAAUGUUGACCUUAAAUGAGUCGAUGAAAGCUGAUUUCAAAGAGCAAAGGGCAAAUUUGAAUGGCUUAACAGAAAAGGUGCAAAAGUUACAUGCAGAAAGACUUGCUAAUGAGGAGGAGAUUACAAAGUUGAAAAACAUCAUAGAAGAAGGUAAGGCUGAAGCUGAACAAUUGCGGAUUAAACAAAAGGCACUGAACUUAAAAUGCGCUAACUAUGAGCAGCAAUUAAGUAAAUAUAAGGAGAAGGUGUCUCUCCUAGGCGGCAAGCAAACCGUGCUUAACCAAUUCAUGACUGAAAUUGUCCAAAAGAAUGUUAUAGAGUCUAUUGAUUCAGUCAAUGGUAUAAUUUCUGGAAUGCAAGACAGCAAUUCACGCGUGGACAAGAUGUCCAGCACCUUGAAACAACAAUUAAAGCUAAUGGUAAAGAAAUUAAACGAGACUGGGGAUUCCAUCAGCAAGGGCGUGGAUAUAGUAUUUCAGUCCGACAUCCCUAAUCUAUUAAAGGAACUUCAAAAUGAAGGUAGUAAAUUUUCAGAUUCAAUUAAUGAAAGUUCAAUAAACAUCAAAAAUGGAGUCGAAAGAAUAGAGUUGAACAAUAAGCAAUUCAGUGCUUCAUUGAAAUCAGAUUUACUCACCUCAAAAAUGAUCAGUAAAAAGGUCGACGAAAUAGUGGAAGAAAGGCUUGGCAUAGAAUUAGAGAAACAGCAAUCCGAACUUAAAACUAAACUUGAACAAAUUACCAUGGAAACUUUCAGCAAGCUGAAGGCUUUCCUACUGAAUUCAUUAAAGGAGGUAUCUACGGAAUUCAGUGACAUGGAAAGACAGGCAAUAGGUUCCAAUCAUGAGAAAUGGUAUAAGCAGUCCAAAGAACUUAAUCUGAUUGCCCUAGAUGAGAAUACUCGCCUUAAAGUGAAGUUUGAACAGUUUCAGAGCAAAAAUUCAGAUUUAGUUUCAACCACGAGCGACAAGAUGUCCAAGUUAAUUAAAGACCAGAUGGAGCCAGGAUUAGUACAGUUACAAAAUUCACAAGAAGGGAAAUUCAUAGAGGAAAGGAUAGACGAAAUGAAGGUUGCUGUGAUGAAGAAGAAUGAAGAGAGUUCGGUUAAAUUGAGAAAUAUCGAAAACGGCUUGAGUAGAGUCAAGAACGGAAUGGAUACUGAAAGAUCCCCAAUUAGAUCUCCUUCGAAAUCUCCAAUAAGGGGAGCUUCAACCUCACCUUAUAGGUCGCCAAUAAAGGAGUCAAAUUUCAAUCAAGUAACCAAAUUGUCGAAGAUUCCACAAUUGACAAGGAACUCUAGCUGGGAUAAAGAGAAUGCAAAGAGGAGAAGGGUAUGA